AAAUCGAAAAAGAUAUUAAAACCUAGUAGUGUACCAUCGAUAUUUCCAUUUUUAAAUCGUAAACCCGAGCGAAAAAUGUCACACAGAAGAGAACAAAUGAGAGAUAGAAUUGCAAGACAUGAGGAAGUUAGAAGCAUAAUACAAUCACUAGAUGAAGAUACAAAUCUUGCAACAGGCAUUGAAGAUCAGCCUCCCAGUCCAUUGUCCAAGGAUGCCCAGAUUCAAUGUGAACCAAAAGUUUUCAUUAAUGCAGAAGCACAGUGUGAUACACCGAGACAAAGGACAGUUGCCAUACAAACUCUUGCACAAAGAAAAAGGAAACCAUUAAAAAAUAAAAACGCUUCAAAAAAUGUUGCCCCCUCUUUAAAUGCAGUUUCUUCAAGUCGUACACCAAAACCAGUAACAUCCCCCACAACUCCUAACACAACAACUCCUAUCACAACAACUCCUAUUAUAUCAUCUGAUUCAGAAAUCUCUUUAGGAAGCAGUGAUGAUAUUGCUGCAUCAGAUAGUGAUGAUGAUUAUACCUAUCUUGAGGAACAAGAUACAGAUGAGGAAUCUGAAGGUGAGGAACUAAAAAAUCAAAGAAAAUUCAUUGUCUUUGAAAGCAUGCUUGAUAAGCUGUUCGCAACAUGUGGAAUAUGUGGUUCUCUUUGUGAGAUUGAGAAGUCCCAUAUUGGUAGUAUGGUUGCCAUAAAAACAACAUGUAGCAAUAAUCAUACUUAUCAGUGGAAGUCUCAACCAUAUUUGCACAAUAAACCAGCAGGUAAUAUUUUAAUUCCUGCUGCAACUAUCAUGAAUGACUGGAGUAACCUAUGAAGCCACCAAGCAAUUUGCAAAUGCAAUUAAUUUAAACUUUGUAAAUAAAGAUCAGUUUUAUGAAGUUCAAAAUAAGAUUGUCUUCCCAGUCAUUGACAAUGUCUAUAAAAAACAA